UCACACCCCAGCACAGGAGGUGGCGAUAUGCACCUGAAAGUUGGUCUGCAACACCUCAAUAAACAUAAAGAAGAAGAAAACAAAGCAGAAGUGAAACGGACUAACCAGUCCAGCUGUAAUGUUUUUGGCAGAUCUGCUCCUCCUUCAGUGAAGCUCCGUCUCCUCUGCUAUAAAUACUGGAAUAUUCCCAUCAGGAAGAAGUGAAAUCUGCAGAGUUUAUUGAAGGACGGAGAGAACAUGAGUGAUCCAGAACCCUGCAGAAUUAAACAGGAAGAGGCUGAAGAACUAAUAGACUUAAUUGAAGAGAAUGAGGAGAGUAAAGAGAUUAAACCACAUGUCAAAGCUGAAACACUACCUCAAUUACAGACUUUUCAUACAUAUUUUAUUAAAGAAGAAGAAUCUCAAGAAUGCAAGAAUGGUUGCGUCUGCACUCAGUGUGGGAAGAGAUUCAGACUGUCGUCUGCCCUUGAAAAACACAUGAGGAUCCACACCGGAGAGAAACCGUUCACCUGCACUCAGUGUGGGAAGAGUUUUGGACGAUUAUCACACCUUAACAAACACAUGAGGAUUCACACUGGAGAGAGACCAUUCACCUGCACUCAGUGUGGGAAGAGUUUCACACGAUCGUACUACCUCAACCUGCACAUGAUGAUCCACACUGGAGAGAGACCACAUAAUUGCGAUCAAUGUGGCAAAACGUUUAUGAGAAAUUCACAGCUGAAGAUGCACCUUAGAGUGCACACAAAGGAGAAACCGUAUUCAUGUUCUGAGUGUGGAAAGAGUUUUACACAGCAGUCAAAUUUAAGAAAACAUCAGAAGAUCCACACUGGUCUGAAAGAGCAUAUGUGCUUAGAGUGUCAGCAGACUUUUGUUACAGCUGGACAAUUGAAACAGCACCAGAGGAUUCACACUGGAGAGAAACCGUACAAGUGUUCACACUGCAACAAGAGAUUCAAUCAGUCAGGAAGCCUGAAAACACAUCAAAUGAUUCACACUGGAGAGAAACCGUACAAGUGUUCACACUGCAACAAGACAUUCAGUCAGUCUGGAAGCAUGAAAGCACAUGAGAGGAUUCACACUGGAGAGAAACCGUACACCUGUGAUCAGUGUCUGAAGAGUUUCACUCAUUUGUUUCAGCGUAAUAAACACAUGAAAAUCCACAAAGGAGAAAAGCAGCACACAUGACAUCAAUGCCAUCUUGCGUCCAAAAGGUGUUUCAUAUCAGUGAAGAUUGGCCACAAGGCUGGUCAAACCCUCCAACAUUAAACCGAGUCCUGCAGAAUUAAACAGGAAGAGACUGAAGAACUGAGGACCUAAUUAAAGAGAAUGAGGAGAGUGAAGAGGAGAAACGGCUUAUCAAAGCUGAAGAAAUAUCUACUUUAGAGACUACUGAUGUUUAUUUCAUGAACAGAAGAAACAAGAGUUGUUGGGUCUGCACUCAGUGUGGGAAGAGUUUCAGACUGUCAUCAUCUCUUAGUAGACACAUGAGGAUUCACACUGGAGAGAGACCAUUCAUCUGCACUCAGUGUGGGAAGAGUUUCAGACAAUUAUCAUUUCUUAAUCUGCUCGUGCCCUAGUAGCAAAGAAUUCUGGCCCAGAUUUGGCAAAAAGCUGGCACAGCAGGCAUUCAUCCGGCACUGGCAUACAGCGUGUGGGCCAAACAUGGCCCGGGUUUGGCAGAGGUGGCACCGUUUUUAAGGCGGCACACAAGAUUUGGGCCAGAUGAAAAACGUAGUAUUUGGCCCAGAUUUAAAAAUUUGAUAAGUGGGCCAUGUGAGUUUGGCCAGUCUUGACCCACAUUUAAAAUGCACUAAAA